AUUUCAACGCUAUACGACUGAACCUGCCGACCCAGUGUUAACUCACCACGCGAUCAAGCGAACCCGAAACGGGGUGUUUGUCCCGUAAGGUGGGCAACCCGAGGCAGCGCGCUGUGCGUGCGCGUAUUUAUAUUUGUAUCGCAUGUAGCUACAGACCUUUACAGAAGCGACUUCCCAAAGUGCCCUAAUCUCCCUAUCUACUACCGAUCUGCAUUCUUUUUCGUCUCCUCCCAUCUCAAAGUCUCUUAUUAUUCAGGGUUUUUCUUAUUUUUUUUCGGUUUCCUGGGGAAAGGCUUGUCGACUACUUCGGUUCUGGGGUUUUCCCUAAAUUGCGCAUAAGAUGUACUUCUGGUCAUCAUCGUACCUAAAUGCAGGUAUUGAGUUGGUUUUCUUUUCUAAAUGGACUGCAAGAAGUUCAUUCAAUUGGUUGAGGAGAAAAAGAAGAGAGCUUUGGAGAAGAAAGAAGCCCCUUUGAAAUGGGAGCAGAAGCUAGAAGCUGCUGCAUUGGCAAAGGUGGAUGUUGAGGCCAAAGAGAGGAGGUCAAAGAGUGUGAAGCACAAAAGAUGUGCUUCUGAGUCUGAUACCAACAGUGACAGUACUGGUGGAGGGAGAAAAAGGAGGAGAACCCACAAAAAGCAUCGGAAGAAUGCCCACUGUGAUUCAGGUGAGUGUGAGAAGAAAAAGGACAAGAAGUCAAAGCGAAGGUCGAAGAGACGAGCAUUAGGCUCUGAUGAUGAUAGCAGUGAUGAGUACAAUAGUGGUUCUGAAGAAGAGAGGAGGAAGAAAGGUGAGUGUGAGAAGAAAAAGGACAAGAAGUCAAAGCGAUGGUCGAAGAGACGAUCAUCAGGCUCUGGUAAUGAUAGCAGUGAUGAAUAUGAUAGUGGUUCUGAAGAAGAAAGGAGGAAGAAGCCAAGCCACCGAAGAUGGAAGCUUAAUGAUUUAAGAUCAGAUUCAGAAUCUUUUGAUUCUUCAAAUGAUGAUGAAGCUGGAAGUGUGUCUGUGCCCAGAAGGCAAAGCCAUGCAAAGCACUAUAAACGUCAUCGACUAUCAAAUAGUGUUGACUCUGGUUCACUCAAUUCUGAUGGUGAGAAAGGUUAUCGAAAGAGCCAGCCUUUAAGAAAGUCAUCCGAUGAUGAUCAUGAGUCAAGGCACAAGAGCAGUGGUCACUGCUGCCAGCGUCACCAUCAUCAUCAUCAUCACCUUCACAGACAUCGACCACAGUCUGAUGAAGAGAAAAAUCUGCAUCAUCAGUCCGAAGCAAAGAGUCGUAUGAUUGAGCAUUCAGUUGAACCCAAUGGAAAGCAUCGUGAAGAUUACUUUUAGAACAACCUGAAAGAUCGGAAAUAUUGCUCAUGAUCGUCAAAGUAGAUCGGCAGAAUCUAUUCUAAUGUUUGACAAGCCAUUUAGUUGAUUGGUGGGAUAUGUUGCAAGUGCUUUUAUGUGCACUAUAGUUACUGUGACCUUUUACUGGUGGUGAAAUUUGUGGAAUGCUCUAAAUUUUGUUUGUGUUGAAUUUGAUGAGUGCUCAAUUCAGAAGUUUGACUUUCGGUUUGAUAAUUAUUUACAAGUUCUAUGCUUGAUGGUUACACCUGCAAUUAAGCCUAAGCCCAAUAUAAAUGCAAAUGUUGUUCAAAAUAGAUUUGGACUAAAAAUGUCAGCCUAAAUGGAAU